AUGCCUGAGAGCACAAAAUGUCACGUGACUCUAAAACAGCACAAUACCACAUCCUCCACAAAAUGCUACAAGAGUGACUACUUAUUCUCACACCACUAUCUGGACAAAAUGAUCAGCCAGCUUCAGACAGCCCUUGUUGUUCUAGUAACCACCGUCCUAGCAAACCAAAGCUAUGACUGCUCAGAAAUCACUGGGGGUCGUAAGGUUAAACCUUAUUCAAGACCCUACAUGGUGUCCAUUGAAAGCAAUAACAAGCAUGUAUGUGGAGGAAGCUUGAUUCAAGCAAAAUGGGUUCUAACAGCAGCAAGCUGUCUACAACUGAUCAAGAAAAAGAAAUCCAGCGUAAUCCUCAGAAUGCACUCGCAUAAGAAGAAGGGUCGGACAGAACAGAAAAUUCUGAUUAAAAAUCUUUUCCCACACCCUAAAUUCAAGAAUACACUGGACAAUGACAUCAUGCUUCUGGAGCUGCAACAAGCUGCAAAUAUUAAAAGUAAGGAAUUCCUCCAUCUGCCAACGUCAGUAAAAGACCCCAAAUCUGGAGCAAAGUGCAAUAUCAUUGGAUGGCAACAAACCAGUUCCAAAGAUAAAUCACAUCCUGACAGUUUGAAAAAGGCCGAAGCAACUGUAAUAGAUCGGAAAGACUGCAAUGGUAAAAAAUACUACAACGGGAAUCCAGUUAUAACAGACAAUAUGAUAUGUGCACGUGAUAAAAACAGCAAAAAAGAUUCCUGCCUGGUUGAUGCAGGAAAUCCACUAAUGUGCAAAAAAAGGACAAUGAGCAAGGAGGAGAUUGUUGGAAUUUCUACGGCUAGAAAGGAUUGCAGGAGUGCCAAUAGACCCGGCAUAUAUGUCCGGUUAACAGAGAAAUAUCUCUCCUGGAUCAAGGAAAAAAUUGGAGUUGUGAAUUUCAGUAAACCAGAGGAAGAUGUGUCACUUAUUAAAAUGUAGCUUAUUUACCAAUGAAAUUAAUCUGAAGAAACAGUGUAUUAAAAUAUGUUUCUGAAAUAGCAAGGUCACUUGAAUGUUUAAGAAACUCAAAAUUCUUGCUUUUCUGUUCUAUAUGUGAUAUCUAUCAUUAUUCAUGAUGCAAUGUUCGUUUGUACUUUGAAAGUUUUGGUCACCCACAGCUUAUGUGUUCAGUUUUUUUUGAAAGUCUUUCCUCUAACAGUCACGUCUCUGAUUUAGAUUGGUUUUAUUUGGUCCAGUUUGUAGGCAAAUCAAUGGACAAUAUUGAUUUCAUUUCCUCUGGUGAUGUUCCCCUAGACGUGAUUUCAACUAUAUAACUACAUCAACAAGUGCUGACAAAGAGACUGGGAAAUUUGCCAAACAGGGCUCAAACAUGAACUGCCAUGAUAGCUUGUUUAUCUGAUUGUGCAUUUGGGUAAAGACCUGGGCAGACAAAGGAGAAUAAUGUCAGAACCAUGCUAACAAAGCAAGAAAUUGAUAAAUAAUGUGAUUAAUGCUUUUGAUAUUUUUACUGCAAAUUUAUUCAUUAUCAAUUUAUUCUGCUUGGCUAUAAAUACUCUUGUUGGGAAUUACCAUCAUUCAUCCGCAGUGUAUUUGUACAAAGUUAAAUGACACACAGUGUGAGUACUGGCAAUGAUACCAGAAGCCUGAGUAUAAGUUCCUUUAUCUAUUUGCAUUCUUAAAAUAUCAGGAAGAAUAGCAUAAUCUGUUGUUUUUCUGUCCUUAAUCUUUUCCUUUCACAGAAAAAUGUUGACGAUGAAUAUUUGAUUGUAAUUUCCAGGAAAUCUGUAUUCUCAUGGCAUUGCUUGUAACUAAUGUAUAAUAAUAUCUUCUGAAUACCACA